AUGAACGAUGAAAAGAUGCAAAUACAAAAAAUAAGUCGACGUUUACAACAGACUGUGCUAAAGACAACCAAAGUCAAACAUUCCUCAUCGAAAGGAGUUAGCGUUGGUCCUGUUACACCAGUUUUUGCAUCACAACAGGAACUUUCAGCUUUGAAUGAGACAUAUAAACCAGUUGUAUUGAAAAUUGUGAAAAGUUCUAGAAUAAGAGCCCAAUCGGCUGAUCCUCAGUCAACACCAUCAGCAGCCUUGCCCACUGUACAUGACACCACGACGACAAAUGUGCUACAAUCAGUCCCUUCAAUUGAAUCUGCACUUCCACCAGAUUAUAAUGUACAGUCUGCGUCCACAACAGUUCCGACAAUUCUAAGCACUCCAGCGUAUUCUGGAGUGACAGUUGAAGUGCCACAGGUAUGUGCUAGAGAUCGGAUAAAAUAAAAAGUAUGCUGUACGCCGUGGUCAACUAAUGGUCGCCCUCAAAUCACAAGGUUCGACAUUUCUUUUUAAUUAAGGAUACCCUCAAGCAACAGACUGUGCCACACACAACCAAAGUCAAACAUUCCUCAUCGAAAGGAGUUAGCGUUGGUCCUGUUACACCAGUUUCUGC